AUGUGCGUGUGUUUAGAGAAAGAGAAGAGUGAGAUGGGACAUGGAAAAGUGGAGAAUGAUGAAAAUGAGGAAAUAGAGUUGAGUUUGUGGCUAUCUAUGAAUGGAAGAUUUAGUGUGAACCCGAAAAUGGCAGUGAAUAAAUUGAAACAUUCUUCUUCAAUUUCAAAUUUGGCUUUCACGGAGGGUGCUGGUGGUGUUAGUGGCUUUGGUGAGGGUGGGUGGCAAAAGAUGGGGGUGUUGAUUGACUUGUACACACGGCAGAUGAGGACAUGUUCGCUACCUAUCGAGGCGAAGAAGGAGCUGAGGAAAAGGAAGGAGUUGCAGUCAAUGAGGUGGAUAGAGGCGAAAAGGAAGAGAUUUGAGAAGUUGAAAAAUGGACGACUGCUGAAGAAAAAAAAUACAAGAGGAGAAAAUUCUGGUAACUGCAAUCUUAUUCUCUCAAUUAAGUUGAAAGCAGGUGUGCCUACAGCGGCUGUGACGCCGCUGCUGAUUAGGGCAGCAAGACUCGCCGCCACUUGCCUUCCUUACUAG